UAGAUAUAAAUCCAUAGUAAUAAGCUUUUUUCAUGAAACCUCCGACAUACUUAUGUCAGGUCAUUUACAUGUCGAUGUCAUCCAAACGCCAAAAAUGGUGACAUAAAAGGAAAUAUUUGUAUCUUUUAAUUAUUAACAAAAAUGAGUGUACAUCAGUAAAUAUAAAUGAUAAUAGAUGACAAACAAGUAUGGUAUCUCUCAGACUCUGUAAAGUUUCUAAAAAGCCUGUGUGAGUGCAUCAAAAAUGAUUAUAGACGAGUUGCUGGAUUGGUGCAAGUGCGGCUCGGACACGGUGUCAGCGUUCCCCACUCUCCUGUGGGCGGUGGGGGCUGCGGCGCUGUCCCGGCGGUUGCUGCUGGUGUUGUUUCGGCGUAGCAUGUUCCGCCGCGCGCCGUACUGGGAGCUGGCGCUUCAGCACCUGCUGUUUGUGUGGAUGGUGAUCUACAGCGUGCACUUCUGGGUGGUGCUGGUGCGGCUGCUCAAGCUGUUGGUGGACGUGGCUUACGAUGAGACGUUGACAGCUCUGUAUGAGCCGGAGCACCUCCAGUGCCCCCGUAACAAGUACAUGCUGGAGCAGUGCGCCGUGUGGUGCGUGAGUGCGGUGCCGCUCGCCGCCUGCGUGCGCGGCCGCCGCCGCCCGCGCCCGCCGCCGCUCAUGAUCUGGAUCACGACGUCGCCAUGGCAACGCCGCGAGCUGGGCCCGCACGGCUACUACCUGCAGCGGCCGCCGCCCGCCGCGCCGCCGCCGCCGGCGCCCCGGCCCCCGCGCCGCGCCUUCUCCGCGCCGCUGCUGGCGCGCCCACACGACUCCACCAAGCACUCCAAGUCUAUCUAAAUAUUACAACACUGUUACUAUUUUAAUGGACCCUUCAAUUAGCUGCUUAAGGGCUGCACAAUCACGGGUUUAUAGUACUUGCAGCCGUGCAGCGGUAGCCUCCCGGGCCCUCACGCCGCGCCGAGUCUUUUCCGCGCUGCUAUCAUGAUCAUAACCAAGCCCAAGUCCAUGCGAAUAUACUGUGUACAGGGGACCGAUUUUUGAAUUUCGCACGCACGAAUUCGCCGUUCGAAAGUCUGUGGAAAACGACGUCAUGUUAUUUUAGAAAAAGGACGGCAAUUAAUUUUCAAUCUAGUGGUAAUGUCCACUUAUUUCGAUUUUGUAAGUAGAAUUUAAAUCGCUAGUAGUGGAGAUAUUACUCAAUGAAAUUCACGAAAUGGUCGACAUUCAAAAAUCGGCAUCCAGAUCGGUUCAAGAAAGAUAAUACGAAUGGAAUGAACAAAACGUUGAUUUCAUGCAUUACUUCAAGAACUUUUAUUGGUUAAUCUGUCACUCACAUGCAUAUUUUCAUUCAAUCAUUCGUGCCAGCUUUUGUGAAUUGACUUUUACAAGACGCUACUCUCAUGGUAGAACCAUCAAUGAGGAGGCACACUGACAUGUUAUCCCGCCAGGCGGCGCCUGUGCAAGUGUCUAGGCAUGUCUCUGUCAUUCAUAUGUGAGACAGAGAGAAAACAUAUCAUCUUCUCGCUCUCACGUAUGAAAUUCUUUAUCUGUGCAAUGGACUAAUAAGGUGGCGCCAUCUGUCAUAACCUUUGAGUGUACCUCCUCUCCUCCUAUUACAUACAAGAAUUCUAAAGGGCAGCACAAGAAUAGCUUCUAUAGCCGAGCCUGCUCCGUGCCGCUGCUUACUCAGCAAUACGACACGACCAUUCGACCAAGCACUCCAAAUCUAUAUGAAUAUUACAACCCUGCUCACACGAUGGACCCUACAAUUACCAACUUAGCAUAAGCAAGCACAACAAAGAGUAUCAGUACAGUCACCGGCAUAAAUAAGUGAUGGUUUCUGUACCUAGUCGGUUUUAAAAGUUUGACAAUUUCGUAUGGCAUUUCAAACAAGACUACCUCUAUUCUCCCUGAAGACGUUAAUGCGACAAGGUAUAGAAAUCAUCACAUAUUUAUGCACCUGACUAUGGUAAGAUUCAAUGUCACGCCGGUCACGCGGAACGACCGCGCGGGGCGAUCCGCACCGGACUAAAAUGUAUUAAAUUCAGGAAGUGUUUUAGAGUUAAAUUUCAUACAAACAAGUCGUGCGGAUCGCUCCGUGCGGUCGCUCCGCGUGACACUAAAACCAGCCUAUCGCCCUUGCGUUGCACCAUAACACCAAGUGUAUAUAUCUGAAUAUAAUUUGUACGAAAUACUGCUUCUCUCAUUAUUUCACCUAUGAUAUGACUAGUUUUUAUGGAUAAAUAAUUAUUUAUUGAUCUAAUUCAGACAGGCAGUUGAAAAUAACUGGUGCCGUAGCCGAAUGGCAUUUCUGC